AACUUUUAGACUAGGCCAGUAUGAAUGAUUGAUUUAUUUCUGAAUGUAGUUGUCAGUUAGUGUAAAAAGAGGAAUUGGAAGAUGCAGCCUGCCACUGACAUUUUAAAACACUGCGAAACAUACUGGCUACGUUUUGAAGAUGGUCAUGUAACCAUUUGAGGUAUAAGUAUUCCAAUACAUAUUGGCAUUGCUUCCUUGCAUAUAGGAGUUUUCAAGCAUUUACUUUUCUUUUGGUUCUCAUCGGAAUUUCACCACAAGGCUUUUUACAUUGGAAGACAUCAACGUGAAAUUGAUGUUCAGCUGACAAGAAUUUGUGUUCCCCACGACUUUGGAAGAAAACCUAGAUCUCUUGAAGACAUGAAGCAUUUCAAGGCAACAGAGUUCCAUGAUGUUAUGCUGUACUUCAUGCUUCCAUUGGUUCAACCAUAUCUGCCAGUUGAUCACUUUCAUCAUUUUGCUAUUCUGAUAACUGCAAUUACUAUUUUGUUGUCGGAGUCAACAGAAAAUGAAAUAAAAUUAGCAGGCAUUCUUUUGGAUUUUUUUGUUUAUAAAAUGGAGUCUCUUUAUGGUUUCUCUGCCAUGACAAUGAAUGUACACAGUCUUACUCAUCUAUCUCAACAGGUGUCAAAUACUGGACCUUUGUGGUGCAAUUCCAUUUUUUCCAUUUGAGAAUAUGCUAAAGGCAAUUGGCUAUCUGUACUCAGGCACUAGGAAUGUAGGAGAUCAGAUUGUUGAUAACUUUCUGCUAAGGCAGCAGUUGUCAAGAUGCAAAUUGUCAUUGGAUGAUGUCAUUGACAACUUCACUGUGAAUUUACGCCUUCGUAGGCAUCGAUCUGUCAGAAAGAACACUCUACAAGUGGCACCAAACAUUGACUUUUUUCUUCCUAUGGCUCAAGAGAGUUUAACGUGGAGAGAAAAACAAGAACUUAUACGAUUUGCCAUUGCAUCAGUUACUGAGCAAGUGAAGACAACAGCAAGGGCUAUAAUCAAGCAUGAAGUCUUCCACAGCCAGAGUUAGCAGCGAAUGGGUGCAACGUAUAGCAGUCUUGUUGAAGUGACAGUCAAUAAAUAGGAGGCUAUUUGGAUAUAUUGCAAAAUUUUGCAUUUAUAAUGCUAAGGCAUUUGCAGUAUUAAAACUACUGCAUCAGCGUAAAAUGAAUAUCUGCAAAGAGGCUUCAUCGUCUAGUGAUGCCUUUAUAAGAAAGCUAUGUGUUGAUGAACCCCUAGCUUACCACUACCUUCCUGUGGAGGAAGUUGAUGAUCUGGUGGUUAUUCAAUGCAUUGACAUCAUAAGAAAAUGUAUUUUAAUUCCUUGCAGUAAUAGUCAUCUCUCUAUUUUGGGAUUUCUUGUACCUGUAGUUAGAGAUUAUAGAACAUAAAUAGAUUAUGUUGAUUGUGGU